AUGGCCCCCCAAAGAAAACGCGAAAAUCGCGAAAACAACUUUUACAACGUCGGUGUGCAGGGCAGGAAGACGGGCAUCACACUCGCAGACAGAGGUAUAUACGAUGAACAUGGAUUGGAACCCAUCUCAGGCAUCUUUUCGUCGCCGGAGAAGUCACCACCUAAGCGGGGAGGCACCGUAACCGCGUCCGAGUCGAUGGAAAUCCAGGAGAGCUCCAUUCCAGACCUUACAACAUCCCACCAGAUACUGCGCAAUAGCCGCACACUUCUCCCUCCACCUCGAUCGCGAUCGCCUAAGAAAACGACACUUGGCUCGUCACCGCGCCGGCAAUCUUCCAUGGCCCCGCGAGCCAGCUCAUUGAACGCCUCUAGUCCACCACGCUCUGCUUCACAUCCUAUUGCCCGCCGACUAGAUUUUGAGCAUGAUGAAUCGAGCUUGCAGGAGACACCUGCCUUAAGCGGAUCGGGUGCGCGGCGUGGAAAGCGCACAAGUGUGUACGACAUACCCGAAGGCAGUUCGCCCACCCGACAAACUAGCGCUGUGCUGGAGGAGAACUAUGAGGAGGAGGGAGAGGAGGCGGAAGAGGAAGAGGAUGAUAUGACAGCCAAUGAUGACUCGGUGAACAUUAACGCUGUUGGCGAGGAGAGCUUUGUCGCGCAGGUUGCGGAUGACGCAACCACAGGCGCUGAGGUGGAUGCCAUUGAGGAUUUUCUAAAUCUCGGGGACGUCGAAGAGUCGGAAAUCGAACCUGAGCCCGUGAAACAGCCAGCAAAGAGGGGCAGGAAACGAAAGAGCGAUGUACUUGGACCAGUGCAGGAAGCAGAGACCAAUACACCAAAGUCACGCAAACGAGAUGUUGCUUCAGCGCAAGCUACAGACUCGCAAAAGAAGGGCAAGAAGAGCGCGCCUGCACCGGCUGUUCAAUCUCGGCGACCCCAGCGAGUCUCGGAUGUUACUGAGCAGGAGCCGAGUAGACUGGAGUCGUCCAUCGAUGCUUCUGUAGACGCGUCUGAACAGGUUGAAGAAGCACCUAUUGCACCAAAACGUCGAGGUCGGCCUCCGCGGAUACAGCCAGAUGCCGAGAAGGAGAACGCCGCAUCCGCGAAAACCUCUAAGAAUGCCACUAGGAAAGAGAAGACGGAUGCGGUCUUCAAGAAACCUCCAAAGCCAGACGCAAAAUCCAAAGACAAAGAGGCAAAGAGCAAUCCAGAAGCAACGACGAAAGAAAAGACACCCCAAGCAGAAAGUGCAGAGACUGGUAAGCUCGUUGACGUGUAUGGCAACCCUCUUACCAAGAAAGAUCUCGAGCAAAUGUCGACAACUUCGGCUGGAUCACGAUUCGGACGAGGACGCCACUUAUCCGUCUUCCGUGAGAUGGAUCCUGAGGCUAUCGCUCGUGUUGGGCGAACGGGCAGGCAUCGUGUUGCUCCUAUGGAUUUUUGGAAGAACGACAGAAUCUCAUACGAUGUUGACGGCAGCAUGACAUCGAUUGUGAAAAACCAAGAUCCAGAAGAGCCCGCGCGAAGACACAAAAGCUCAAGCACGAAGGGCAAGAAACGAACACUCACUGCAGUUGAAGAAGAAGAUGUGGAGCUUGAUCCCUGGGAGGAGGAGGAAGGUACAUUAGUUGGCAACUACAGAGACUUCGAUCCUGUCACCGACGUCACGUCAACUAAUAUUAUCGAAGACACGAUCGCCUGGGCCGAGAAAGGCCUCCGGCCAUUAGAUGUCCCAGAUGGCUCAUUCAGGUAUGCCAAGCUCUCAUCCGUCGGAGCCUUCUUCAACUGGGGCCUCAUCGAGCUUCGAGCCGAUCAGAUGAAGCGCACCAAAAACUCGCGUAAGAUGCACAUGGUCUUCAACGUGCAAUCGGGCACAGUGGAAGUCAAGGUUCACGAGAAUGAGUUUACGGUUCACAGAUAUGGUAUAUGGCAAGUUCCUCGAGGCAACAUGUACAGCAUUAGGAACGUCGGCAGCGGGACGGCUCGCGUUUUCUUUGCCUCGGCGAGAGAGAUGAACGUCUCAGGUGAACAUUAG